AUGUCUCGCGAAUAUCCUAAGGUCUGGGGUAAAUUCGAACGAAAUGUUGAGGGAAAGGCUCUAGCGUUUGUAAUUGAGGAUGUCCCUGAAGAAAUGUGGGAUUCAGCAGUGGAGUUUAUGCUCGGUAAUUACAUUGAGGAGGACGUUUGGUGGUCGACUGCCGGGACUGCACAGGAUCAAGAAGCGAUUCAGGAGUACCGUGUUCUGUGGCAGUCUAUAAUUAAGCAGAAAAUGAGUCUGGCAUGUUUUCUUAUUGGGGAAAAUGAUGAGAAAACUCUAGUUGGCGUCAACAUGUGCAUGCUGCAGGAAAAGGACCAAUUUGUUGAACAUAAACCGCCAAAAACGAAAGCGGGCCUGCUGUCGCUACGAAUGUUUGCCGAAGCUAUGAAGGUGAAUGCAAUUUAUGACAAAUACAAUGUCGCCUCGUACCUUAUGGGAGCUGGGCUCUCCACAGCCCCAAAGUACAGGCGCCUUGGUAUUUCUGUUGAGCUACUCAAGUGUAGAAUGAUGCUGGCAAAGGCAAUCGAUCAGACAGUAACCGGGGGUAUAUUCACAAGUAUAGCAGCUCAAAAGGCAGCGGAAAAGGCUGGGAUGGAAUGUCUAUACGAAACCUCGUACAAGGAUUUCGGUGUACAGUGCGAAAUCGAUUUUAACACGGACACCGAGUACUUGAAGAUUUUCGGUAAGAGAAUCGAAUAA